AUGGCGUCAACAUUCAGCUUUGGGUUCUCCGGCGAUGAUAUCGAUAUGGAUGUUGACGAUGUUGAAGUCGAAGCUGAAAAUGUAUCCGAGAAGCCGAAUGCAGAGGAUGCGAAUGCACCUAAUAGCCUGUUCCCUGCCGUAAGACAUGAGCUGAAAGAUUGGACGACAAACCUCCCUUCUCAAAUAUCAUACAACAUAUUAAAACUAGGCCCAUCACAACCCACCACCACCAACAAUAGUCAAGAUGUCAAUGUAACAAAAACAAUAACAAUAGCCCGUCGCGAACUCUUCGACGUCCGCACUCAACUCAUGGCCGAAGACGACGCCGACGACCUCGCGACCGACAAUGCAGAAUUGAUCGCAGGGCUGGAGCAAGGAGAUCUCAAGCCCAAUUUCUAUGAAGGAGGCUUCAAGACGUGGGAGUGUUCGUUGGAUCUAGCGGAUGUCCUUCUGUCUUCUUUUCCCGGGAUUGGCGCUGUCGGUGAAGAGGAAGAGGAAGGUGUUCAUGUGGUUGAGCUUGGAUGUGGGACGGCGGUGCCUUCGUUGAUGCUGUUUGCGCGGAUAUUAAAGUCGUCGUCGACAGAUAGGGAGGGAAGCAAACGGAGGUAUCGUUUCACGAUGGCGGAUUAUAAUUCUACGGUGUUGAGGAUGGUGACGUUUAGUAAUUUCUUGCUGACGUGGUGGAUUAAUUCUCCUGCUUCGCCGAGUGGGACUACAGCCAUCGAAGUUGGAGAGGAUGGAAAAGAGGAGGAGGAAGGAGAAUUGGAUAUCGAUGCUACGCUGCUUGAUACGUUUCAGGCUGAUCUUGAGAGGAGAGGGAUUAUGAUUGAGUUUAUAUCUGGUGGUUGGUCGCCGGAGUUUGUGCGAUUGGCCUUGAACAGUACUCGACAACAGGAUGCUGCGAAUAGAUCCUCGACACUCAUACUCGCUAGUGAGACGAUAUAUUCCCCUUCUUCUCUGUGUGUGUUUUCGGAGACGCUACUGGAAUUAUUACGAAAGUCGGGGCAUGAGAAUCUAACCAAAAAUAAAAGUACUGCACUUAUUGCAGCGAAGAAGGUAUAUUUUGGUGUGGGAGGGGGCGUCGAUGAGUUCUUGCAGGUUCUGGAUCAGCAGCCGUUGCAAGAUAAGGAAUUCCUUCAGGUGAAUGAGCGGAGGGAGAUCACUUCCGGGGGAGUGAAGAGGGUCGUUUUAGAGAUAGGCAUCGAUCCAGUGUAA